UCAGUGUCUGAUGAGGAAUUUCCCCCACGAAUCAUUAUCACUCAAUUCUGCAAGUGGUUCUGAUUUACUAUCGCUGUUCUCUAGCCGGUCUAAAACCGCUUUUGACCUAAAGGGACGCUUUUUGUACGCCAUGGACGUUUCUCAAUUUCCAGGCAGAAAGGGCGGUAAAAAUGCAGGCAGGGCGCCGGACAAAGCACUCGGGACAAAAUGUAUGUGAAAUGGUUUGAUACAGGAAUGUUAUACUAUUGAAAAAGCAAUGACAGCAAAAAUUUCAUUUUUUAAAAAUUUCAAAUUUCCCGCCGGUUCCGCCGCCCGAAACGUUCCGACGUCACAGGGACCGGAACACGGAAGCCAGAUGCCGGCAUCGGCCGGAGGAGAUGGCCGGGGACGCUGCAGGGGACCCA